GCCACUACAACGGCAACCGCUGGCUAUUCGGUGUACUUCGGUUUGGUGCAAAAGGCGAUCGGGAGUGGGCGCGGACAGGAUGACCCACCGGGCACUGCGCUUCUUGUGGACGUGCCGGAGAACUUGGUGCCGGCGAACUUCGGUUUUGUUACUGUAUGUCGGCGAUGAUGAGCCCAGUCUUGUUACGCCCAGCGACAUGGAGAAAGAAAGGCAGGCAGCCAAAGCCAUCAAAGCGACAUACUUAGGUAGUAGUUGUUGAUAUCUUCGCUAUAAAACAGUAUCUAUACUUACCUGGACAGUUGUAAAGAGAUUCGAUUGUGGAAUUUUUGAUCGUAAUGAGAAUGACGAAUAUCAGGCACUAAUACUUUUUUUCAAAACUAACAUCUAAGUAAGUACUCGAAAUUUAUUUUCGUUGCAGAGGAGGAAGCCGCAUUGCUCAAAGUAGAGGUAAAAGUCCUCUGCGCAGCAUUAGGUUAUAGUUUGAUAAACUACUACCACGUCCUCAAGGACUACUACUACUACUAAUACUAGGCUGAUUUUCAUUUACUCUACACUUUAGCCACUUUUAUUUUACUGACUGGUGACUCAAAACACCACAGAAAUGAACAAGAAGUCGCUGUCGCUGAGAAGUAAGGGCAAGCCGGCGCCGAAAAUGGAGGACUCCAGGGUGGAUUUUUCGUUGGGUGACUCCAAACAAGGAGAGGCCUCGCCGCAAGAAGCCCGCACGAAGACCGACUCGCUCCAACGACGACGACGCAGCAUGGAAC